AUAAAAGCAUGUAAGAAUGACAAGGAAUACAAGAGGUAACAAAGUCUCAGUUCAUGGAAGUGGUCAGAACGGCGUCGGUUGGAACAAGCUCAAGCAUUGGUCUACGUCUUGGACAGGUUUUGUUCUCUUCUGCUUCGCUUCUUUUCAUGUGCUUCAACGAUGACGACGAUUUCUACGCUUACACUGCCUUCUGUUAUUUAGUUACAGUGAUGGGUUUAGUAACACCAUGGAGCGUUACGUUAGCCCUACUUGAAGCGUACUCCAUCAUCGUUCAAAGACUUCCUCUGCAAGCAACAGUUUUAUCUGUCAUCGUCUCUGGAGACUUGGUUUUGUCGUUUUUAUCGCUGGGAGGUGCAUGCUCAACGGCGAGCGUGACCGUAAUUUUGAUUGGUGCUGGAGAGAAGCAUUGUGAUCGGUACAAGUUAUCGGCGACAAUGGCGUUCUUGUCUUCGUUUCUUUCCUUUGCUUCCACUUUCUUUAACUUUCGUCUUCUCCCUUCUCUAUUUUCUAGUUAGUCAGAUUUUUGUUUCACCCGUUUAUAGUUAUUUCUCUUUUUAUAGUUCAGAGAAA